AUUCUGACUGUAGCAAGCUCUGGGCAGUGUUUGGCCUAAAAGGUCCAAUUCAUAAGGGGCUUUUGUUGCUUCAACUUUUGUUUUUAUCUUAGCUUAUUUCUGGGAGAAUGAGGGGAUCUCUGGGAUUACAUCUGAAGAGGCUUUUGGAUUAAUUCUCUUUGGAGUAAGUACAUCAUUAAGAAUCAAAGGCUAAAAAUGAAUCCUUUAAAUUAAAAAGAUUCCUAAAUUUUUUUGAAAAAAUAGAUUUUAGAGAUCUCUUCUUCUCCGUAGUUGACUUAUUUGUAUUUAUGAAAAGAUCAAACUAAAAGGAAAACAUGUAACAAUUUCAUGGCUAGCCUUAAAAAUUCUCUUUCCAAAAUGCAAGAGCAAGUGUCUGAUCUAAAACAAAGGUGGAAGAUACUUUGCACACACACUAUCCCUGGGGGCCUGGCAAUAAGGGCUGACCUACCUUAAUAUUUUAAAAAGGUUAAAGUUCUGUGCUUUUGCCUCAGAAGCCUAGGUUUGAUUCCUGGGCAGGGAAUGAGUGUGUUCUGGUUUGAUAUUUGUGUAACUUUUGUCAUUUAUUGAUUCUUUUCCCUUCUGCACACAACUUUGAUUUUCUGUGUCUGGGGGGAGGUGGUCAUAUGGGGCUUUUAGACACUUACGUAUAAAUGAUCAGCCAAGAAGCUGGGACCCUAGAAAAUAUGGCCAGAUAGAAUUGUGGGUUACACCAGGUUUAUGGCUAGCGAGACUUUCAUUUCUUUGAGCUGUUUUUGUGGCUUUUCUGGAUCUCAUAAAAACUGUUUUCCACGUCUUUGGAGACACAUCUUGCUUCCUUGAUUGAAUUAUAACCUUAGUUAAGGCUUAUUGGUUUCCACUUAGAAGGGUAUUUUUAGUUAAAAAGUUCAAAAGCAAAAAUGUCAGCUGUUUGUCCCAGCUAAAGUCUGCUCCAUUUACCUUAACUUACCUCUUUGGUCUUUGGAGGUACCAGAAAUUACUCUGUUAUUAGGAAAAUAUUUAACCUUGGUAUUAUUAAAUUAAGUUUGGCCUAAUGCUACCUCCUUACAUGAUUUUUAAUUUGGUCUAAAGGUUUCUCUGUACUCAAUGAGUUACAGCUAUUCUGUGCUAAUCACUGAUUUUUGGCCUAUCAGAGACGGUCAGCUGUUCAAUCUAGGUUUAAAUAAGGCAAACGCUGAGCUGGACCCAAUCCAGCUCUUUUAUUACCUCAUGUCUGUUUUCUGCAUGUCACUCUCCUUUUUCUGUCCAUGAAUCUUUGGCGCUGGAGUCUCUCUGGCCUUGUUCUCGUUCUAAGGGCUGCCCUGUUUGCGAAUUGUUCUUUGCUCAGUUAAAAACUCUGUCAAAUUUAAUUUUUCUAAGGUUUUCCUUUUAAUAGAAGAUGUCAGAAGUGGGUUCCAAAAUAGAGCUCCCAGAGACCCCCAGGAGCACUGAGUGAUCAAGCAAGGUGCCCACCAGGCCCAUCGUGUCCCUUGUUCUCUUGAAGCCUCUGGGGAUCGUGGUAAAAGUUACCUAAGUUGAUCAUGUAGAUGUGAGAGCCAAGCCGAGAUUCAAGGUAAAAAUGGGAUCUUUAAUUUCUGAAGAACUGAGUACUCUACAUUCGGCUGUGCCUACCUACAUGAAACAAAUGGAGGACUGCUGCGACCCCGCCCACCUCUUUGCUAUGACUAAAAUGAACUCCCCCAUGGGGAAGAGCAUGUGGUAUGAUGGGGAGCUUUUGUACUCAUUCACCAUUGACAAUUCAACUUACUCUCUCUUCCCCCAGGCAACCCCCUUCCAGCUGCCAUUGAAGAAAUGCGCGGUGGUGGGAAAUGGUGGGAUUCUGAAGAAGAGUGGCUGUGGCCGUCAAAUAGAUGAAGCAAAUUUUGUCAUGCGAUGCAACCUUCCUCCUUUGUCAAGUGAAUACACUAAAGAUGUUGGAUCCAAAAGUCAUUUAGUGACAGCGAAUCCCAGCAUAAUUCGGCAAAGGUUUCAGAACCUACUGUGGUCCAGAAAGACAUUUGUGGACAACAUGAAAGUCUAUAACCACAGUUACAUCUACAUGCCUGCCUUUUCUAUGAAGACAGGAACAGAGCCAUCCCUGCGGGUAUAUUACACACUGUCAGAUGUCGGUGCCAAUCAAACAGUGCUCUUUGCCAACCCCAACUUUCUGCGUAACAUUGGAAAGUUCUGGAAAAGUAGGGGAAUCCAUGCCAAGCGCCUGUCCACGGGACUUUUUCUGGUGAGCGCAGCUCUGGGCCUCUGUGAAGAGGUGGCCAUCUAUGGCUUCUGGCCCUUUUCCAUCAAUAUGCGUGAGCAGCCCAUCAGCCACCACUACUAUGACAACGUGUUACCCUUUUCUGGCUUCCAUGCCAUGCCCGAGGAAUUUCUCCAACUCUGGUAUCUGCAUAAAAUCGGUGCCCUCAGAAUGCAGCUAGAUCCAUGUGAAGACACCUCAACCCAGCCCACUUCCUAGGGACAGUGGAAGAAGAAAGGACUGAGACAGGGUAUUUUUGUUAGGUUUUCUAUGUGAUUUCAAGAGGGAAUGGUCAGGUGGUUCCAUGGAUUUGCAGGGGCCACUUGGAAAAAACAAGAAAAGAACAACAAAAACCCAAGCAAAACUUUGCUUUUAAUGUUGGCUUAGAAGACAAAUAAGAAAUGAAACAUCUCAUGAAACAUUUGAUAGCACAUGGUGGAUUUGCUAAUAAAAUGCUGAUGAAAUGCUGUUGGUAAAGCACAUUUACAUGGUUCAAAUCUAGACGAUGCAGUUCAAAAACAGGACAAACUAGGCUGAGGAACUAAUCAAGGUAGAAUAAAGAAAAUGCCGGGGCAAAAGUGUUGCUGAUUAUCAACACAAACUGGCUUAAUAAUAAUAAUAAUAAUAAUAAUACUGAUAGUAACUUGUCUUAUUAAGACUGGCAUUAGAACAAUAGGUUUUUAAAAAAAUUAUUAUUUAUUUUUGCCCUAUUUAGGGGCAGUGGGUGGGUGAUGGGGUAGAUUAAAAAAAAUCUCUUACUGAGUAAUGCUACAGCUGAUUAUUGUGAUUUGUUGAACCAUGUCUAUAUUAACUAUAGUUUCCCUCUAUUUUUUAAAUUUUAAAUAAGAAUUGCUUCUUCCUCUUUUGUCGAGUCUACUUAGACAAUGUGAAGCAUUGUUGAAUUUAGACUGUGUUGAUUCAUAGUCUGGAUAACAUGAGCCACUUUCCGUCUCAGAAUUUAGGACAUAAACCCAGUUUUAGGUCUGCAUUGUGUAAGCCUGUUUGCAUUGUCAUUGUUAUUUUAGUGCAAAAAGACUACAAAUGGGAGUGCAUUAUUUAUUUGUAAAUUGCCAUAAUUGUCUUCAUAAUUUAAUGUUCAGAAAUGAAGUAAAGCACAAUGAUGAAAAGCUUAGUCUCUGUGGAAGACAGACCAGAAGGCGAAUCCCUUUUCUAUCCACCAUGGUAUCUUCACUCCAAGAUAAAGCAUAUGUCUGCACACAUGCAAGAAUACAUGUAUACAUGUACACACCCACACUUACACACACACACACACAAAGUUAAACAAAACUCAUUCCUGCACAACUAUGAAAGCUGAACUCAUACAACGUGUUAUGGUAAAAUUUUAAUGAAUGUUGGUGAGCUGCAAAUGUGUUAUGUCCUGUCCACUACAUGCUGAAAUAAAAUAAGCCAAUUUCCUGGUUGCUGUGCAUGAUGCCCAUACAAGCAUGAGAUGCAAGUCUUAUCCCCAGUAAUUGCCCAGAAUGAGCAGCAUUGUUUUUACUCAUUCUGACUUUCCCCAGAAUUUCAUGAAUGGGCCCAGGGUUGAACAUGGUCACAAAAGGCAUCGUUUGUACAAGUAAGGGGUUAUGGAUUAGUAGCUAUUUAUUUCCUUGGUAGCAGUUAGGACUGCUUAGACAUCUUGUUUCACUGGCUUAGACACACAGCAAGAAAACUCUAUAGACAGAAGCAGCCAAAUGUGUUUUCAUAUAAGAGAAACGUAGACAAAGCCUCUCCUUGUCUUUGUGCUUUGGGAGGUCAUAAGCUAAAAGGAGACACUGGAACUCACUAUCUUUAUUCUUUUAAAUGUCACCAAAAUGUUGAUAAAACUGUCCCAAAAAUUCUACUUCAAUUUUAAAGGGAGAAACUUAGUAUAGCAUAUAAAUUAAGACAGGUGACAUUUUUUGGUGGGUGAACUUACAUGACUUCAAGAUAACAAAGCCCUUAGAAAAAUUCUAUAUCAUUGGAGAUAUAGGCAAUUUGUAAAUGCAAUUGAAUAUUGAGGCUAUUAGAGAAGAUAGCAGUUACAAUAUGACUGGUUGACAUAAUGCAGCUUAUACUGAUACUUAGAAAGUUAAGAACUUGAGAAUAUCAAUUCUAGGCAGAACUGGUUUGCAGUUUUGAUCCUGUAUGACAAUAAAAAGGUAAUGAGAAUGCCCUGCGGGUGAGCUGUAUUAAAUAUUCACUUUAUGUGUAACCCUGAAUAUAUUUCCUCUUUUGAGCUAUUGUUAUUAUUUAGUAGUUACCUAAAAAAGGAAUACAUUUUUCCCAGUAUACCAUUAAAAUGUAUAAAGGGCUAACAAAAAACACAUGCAAAAGUGAGCAAACUAUGUGUCACUCAUAUUAGUGCUUUGAUUGCUAAAAUUAUUAAAAUGUAAUUCAUGAGCUCCAUAAAGCCCAUACAUCACAGUUCCAUUGAAAAUACUAUGUGGAAAUUUUGCAUCUUGUUACGUUUUCUGGGAUAAAUUCAUACAGUAGACAUCUCCAUAAUGUUUAGGCUAUAAAUUUGUAAAACUAUCCCAUGUGGCUUCUGAAAAGCACAACAGAAAUGGCUGAUACUGGUAACGUUUGAUUAGACCUGUGCUCCUCAGCUAGGGUGGUUCCUCUCCCCUCUCUGGUGUCAUUUGGCAAUGUCUGGAGAUGUUUUUCAUUUUCCCGGCUCAAGGGUGCUGUUGGCAUGUAAUGAGUAGAGGUUAGGGAUCCUGCUGAUUGUCCUACAAUGCACAGGUCAGUCUCUCUUAUUUUGGGAGCGUGUGCCAAAGUGCAGGUGAAAGAGGGAUAUGAAAAUGAGAGUGUUUCCUUCACCCGAUUCGAACACCCAUGAAACCACCCCUUGGGGAAGGGAAGGAAAGGGUGUCUGGAGACUGUCAAGGUCCUAGGUCUCACAAAUAACUAGCUAAUCUAAAACGUCAAUAGUGCCAAGGUUGGAAAACCCUGGAUUAGACCAAAGGGGAAUUUCGAUUGUUCCACAUUGUCUUCACUUAAGGAGACACACACAUGUUCACACCAUUCAGAGUAUGACUACGAUUUAAUGAAAAUCUAGGGUAGAUUGCAACUUGGCAUUACUUAAUAGUGACAACUCAUAAGUAUGCCCUACAUAUGCUUUUUUCCAUGGUUGGGUAGAUAGAUGUUUCUAAACAAGAAACAUCCUGUGUGUGUAUGUGUGUAGCAUCUCUAUCCUUAUUUCUGCGUGUUCCUAAGUAAGGACUUCUCUAGGGCUCUCCUGCAGAGUACUCUGUAAUUCUCUAUUAUUAUUAAGAGGUUGAAUUCUAAACUCUCAUCAUUUUAUCUUGUUUGUCUGAAAUUAAGACCUUCGAAAUUGGGCCUGGUACUUUGCUGAAUUUGGCCAAUGACAUUUUAAUAUUACUAAGCCGAACCCUUAAGGUUCAGCUCAGAAGACAUUCAGGCUAGGACAGACACAUUCAAUAAGAAAAUAUUUAAUCACUUUUGGUGCAUCUGCCAAGAGAAAGCGUCACUUUCUACCAUCGGACUAAUUUUUAAAAUUGUUUUUCAGUGACAAAAAUUAGGUUGCUCCUUGGGGGCAGAAGGAAAGAUGGAGAGACUGAAAUGAGCAUCUCGAUAGGACUUUUAAUUUCUAUAGCCCCAACUUGAGAAUGGCACUGAUGCUAAAGAGCAUGAAUGAGGGUGACCUCUGUUUAAUUUUAAUCACACCUCAGGAAAAUUAAGAUUGCUGAAGGAUGAAGUCAUUCCAUAAGAAAGAAAAAUAGUGUGUUAUAUGAAAAAAUUUUGAUGUGGAAGAGGACUCCUACAUACAUAUGCUUUAAAUAGAGUAUUUUAUCAAAGGUUUAUACAGCAUUGUUCAGCUAAACUGAAAAAAUCUCACAUAAAAAGUUAAGGAAGUGCUCACUGGAUUUUGUUUCUGUGCAGUUCACUUUUAGCUAUCUUAACAAAAGUAGAAAGUAAAUUAUCCAAAGUGGCAGAUGUUCAGACAAUACCAUGUUUGCCUUUGUGACGUCUCAUGCCCUUCUUGUGGCUAACAAUUUGUUUAGGCUAAAUAUAACUUGUACCUGAAGCAGUCUGGACAGCGUGACUAAAAAUGGAAAAUAACUGAAGAAAUCCUUGGAUUUUAAAUUUACCAAAAUAUUACCAAAAUAUUCCCAGAUUAGUCAAAAGCUUUACACAGAUGAUCCAAAAUGGAAAUAUCAAUAAUGUUUAUUCUUGUCAGCAGCUAUUGUAGUUUUAUAACUUAAUAUAUACAACCUCCUAUUUCUUUGUUUAGAAAGUCAGCCAUCUAAAGUUUUAAUUUCUAUGUUUGCAAAAUACUGACUUUGUGAAAAUUUUAACUGACAAAUCCUUGUUAGGAGGGAUCUAAGGGGAAAAAAUGUCACCAGUCCAUGGAAAACUUUAGGAAAUGAUUAUUUUGUCGUGUAAAUACUUUCCCGCCGGAACCAGGUAAUCAUAUCUGCUCUAUGUUUGUAGAAUUCCAAAGGUCAAGAGCUGUAAGGAUUUUUGUGUGAACUUGAGGACUCAGAGUAGUACUGUGCUCUUUAUUUCUUUAUCUUCUUAGCAUAGAGGUCAGUUCUCAGAUUACAUGACUUUGGGUGGGCAAACACCAGGGGUGGAAGUGGGUUGACAGUUUCAAGGGCCCUGCGCUCCAGGUCAAGGCUAUAAUAGAAGUAAACGUGGCUAGCGAUUUUGGCAACUUCAUUCCACUGUGUGCUAGGGAGACGGUGGGGCAAGUGGAAAGGAGGAGAUGGCCCCUUGCCCCAAGCAUAGAAAACGUCAGAGAGGUCUAUACCCUUGACCACCCAUCUCUGUCCUCCCCCAGGGGAGCCGACUUGGCUGUGGGGUUGAGCUGGUAGCAUUGUGACUAGAGAGGUGGUGUGGAAAUUUGCUGAGAAGCUCAAAAUUUCACACUGCCUUAAAUUGCUUUGUUUUUGCUUAAGCAUGUGUUCUCUAAAUGUAGGUGUGUCCUGAGACCGAGUCACCCUGACCUAGUUAUGGCACUGAUGGUGAUUAUGAAAAGUGGAGCUUUUUUCCCAUUCAGAUGGAUUUUUUUUUUUUUUUGAGUCUUUGAAGCUAAGGAGACCAGCAAAUAUUCCACCAGUUCCUACAGAGCUUCUUUGAAAGCCCUGGAGACUAACUCACAGGAACUCUGAAGCCCAGUGUCUGUUUAUAAACUCCUAAGUAUGAGGCCACAAUAUUUAGGUUGAGCACUAUAAAAUGUCUAUUUUGUAAGUGGGAGGAGACUUAUAUCUAUAAUUGCUGUAGCUUUUUUUUUCUUCCUAUCAUAAAAAAAAAAAAUGGGUACCAUCUGCUUUCUCCUCCGCCGAGGCUUGUCUUUUGAAUUUUUUUACAUACAUCCUAGAGGUGAGAGAUUGAAACAAGUGCAUGAAUGGAAAGCUUAUGCAAACAUAACACGACCUCUGCUCAUCCUUUCAGUAAGGAAAAAAAAUACAUGCUUCUGUUUCCUUCUUCUCAUUCUCUUCUUUGUGGUGCCAGCAUUUCUGAUUUCUUCUCUCUCUCUAACACAUAAGGAACAAAUAUAAUGUUAUAAAUUGACUUAUGAGACCUGUGAACAUUUGCAUGGUAGCCAAAGCCCAUCACUAUAACUUUUUAAAGCUCAAAAGAGGAAUUAUAUUGUAUGGUCACUAGUCUGUGUUCCUAUUGAUCUCUAUAUUGUGCUAAGAUCCUUUCUGAUUCUGUUUUCCUGUUAAAGCUGUGGGAUAUAAUCAAUGAUGCAAACCUGUCUGGAACUUUUAUAGAAUAACAUCCAAAUAUAUUGAUCCUGUUUUUUUCUCUGCUUUUAUGUAAUUAGACUUUCUUUAGAUAUUUAUUUUAAAACCCUAUGCUUCGCACAAUACCAGUAAGCAUCUAAGAGAUGUAAUUUAAUCCAAGACAGAGAAAACCAGGAAUCAGAUAAUGUCUAUUUUUUUCUCUGCACAGUAAGAGAAACCAAAAAUUAUAAUAAAAAAGGGUUUAACCGAAAUGACAAAAAGAGGUAAAAUCCUGGUUUUCAUUUGAAGGGACCAUCGGAAAUGAGCCCAGAAGGCAGUUCAGCAGAGAGCAAGGAAGAGGCUGUUGACCUUGAGUGCAGUCCCAAGAAUGGAACCUUUUCAAAAUAUUUUAAAGGAAAUACCUUGUCAUCCAGUUGUUAUGGUCAAUGAUGAAAAGAUGCUAGAGGAAGCAGUGGGCGAGCCAGAUGGUGAGACACUUAGGAAGAGAAUAGAAGAGUGGCACCUGUUUAUCCACUUGGACCUUGACGGUCUUAAGGCCCCACUCUUUCCUUCCCCUCCCCAGGAGGUGGUUUCCUGGGUGUUUGAGCUGGGUGAAGCAAACACUCCCAUUUUCAUGUCCUUCUUUCACCUGCACUUUGACCCACAUUCCCAAAGUAAGAUCACUAUCUAGAUCUCCUGUCAUGAUGAUGCAGUGACAGAAGAACGUGUCACCUUUGCAACAUGGUCACCCCAUCUACACAUAGCCGGAGUUAGAAAGCUGUAGUCCCCUGUUCCUACAAUUACUUCAGUAAAAUCCUUUUGUACACAUUAUUACUUAAGUAGGCAUAGUCUCAUUUUCUCCCAUGUUCUAGUGUACACACACACACAUACACACCUUACCUUAUUUAUGCCAGUGGAAAAGAGGGAGAUGGUGGAUUGGGUGUGGGGGGCUGGGGAGUGACAGAGGAUGCCUUAACUUUUUCUGGUGUGCCCCCCACUUAUGUGUUUCUGUCAUGCACCUCUGUCCCUUUAGAGAUGUAACCAUGUCUGUUUCAAGUUGUAUCUUUCUUUAUCAUCAGCAAAGAACUCUUAUAAAUGUAGCAAACGUGACUAUUUUAUAGAAACGCACAAUAGUACAUAGGCCUUGGAGAAGUCUGAUAAUAGGAUGUAAAUAUCCUUUGUUGAUGUAGUACAGCCUUUUGGUAGGAAGCUCCUUAGGUGGUAGCCCCAGGAGGAUUCAUAGAUUGAAUGUUUGUUUCUCUAGCAAAUUAUGGUAUUCAUGGGAAGCAAGGAAUCAGUUGGUUGCUGUUUUUCAUUCAGUCUUAAGCGCCAAUCCCAUGGGCUUUCUUUCUGUUAUGUUACUAUAGACACCCCCCUCAUAAUAUAUGAGAUUUAUAAUUUAGGAUGAUUGAUGGCUACUAGGGUACAUCAUAGUCAGAGACUUUAGAGAGAAGGGAAGAGAAAAGGCAAACAUAGUUCCAUUGAAAAGCCUGCUUAAUCUUUUAAGAGUCUAAGAUAUUACUAGAGCUCUAGCUAGUUACUAUUCAGUAUAGUUGGUUUGAGAAGUGUUGGGGGAAGAAAAUGUUUCUCUUUGGUCUCUUUAAUUCUAUUAUUGCACAUUAUAUACUAUGCUACCUGUGUGCAAACUGUUUUCUCUGGAGCCAAUUUUCAGAGGCUGGAGGUAAGGAGAAAACAGAAAAAUUCAAAUAUUCUUUUUUUUCUCAUAUAAUGUAGUCUGACUAUCAAGUUCAUGGAUAUAAUAAUUCUGGAAAAGAAUAUAGAUUAGUCUAUAAAAUUGAAAUCACCUUCGAAGUGUAUAUGGAAUUGCUUCUUUCUAUUAAAGCCAAACUUCAUGGGCAGAAAACACGGGGGAAAUCAAUGGUCUUCAUUUCCUUUUUUUUAGAGUUUCAUAUAAAAUGUUGCAGGUAACAAAAAAAAAAGUUUAAUUGGUACUUUUUAUUGUGUGACUUGAAAAAUAGUAUCUAUCUCUGUUGGUUCUACUGAGUUGUUUCUUUCCACAUAACCUAAAUGCAGUGUCACGAGAGGAGGUUUGCUGUAAAAACAUGUCUUUUUCUUUGGUGUGUUCAUUGUAAUUAUGGCUGGCAGUGAGAAAGUUCAGUAAGUCUCAAUUUCUCUACCUCCUUUACUUGGAGAAAACUUGGAAACAUACCCUGUGAAUAAAAUGAUUUUUUUUUAAUAGCA